AUGGCGGAUCGGACGGCUCCGCGCUGCCAGCUCCGGCUGGAGUGGGUGUACGGCUACCGGGGCCACCAGUGCCGCAACAACCUGUACUACACGGCAGGGAAAGAGGUGGUGUACUUCGUGGCUGGAGUCGGCGUGGUUUACAACACCAGGGAGCACAGCCAGAAAUUCUUCCUCGGGCACAACGAUGAUAUUAUCAGCCUUGCAGUUCACCCGGAUAAAACCUUGGUAGCCACAGGGCAGGUUGGGAAGGAUCCCUACAUUUGCAUCUGGGAUUCCUACCGUGUCCAGACCGUGUCUGUCCUGAAGGAUGCGCACACGCACGGGGUCGCCUGCCUGGCCUUCGACUCGGACGGCCAGCGUUUGGCUUCCGUGGGACUGGAUGCCAAAAACACGGUGUGCAUUUGGGACUGGAAGAGAGGAAAGCUCCUGGCAACAGCUACAGGCCACUCUGACAGGAUAUUUGAUAUUUCCUGGGAUCAGUAUCAGCCAAACAGAAUUGUCAGCUGUGGAGUAAAACACAUAAAGUUUUGGACACUGUGUGGAAAUGCCCUGACAGCAAAGAGAGGAAUAUUUGGUAAAACAGGAGAUCUCCAAACAAUCCUGUGUUUAGCCUGUGCUAAAGAAGACAUCACCUACUCUGGGGCUUUAAAUGGGGACAUCUACGUUUGGAAAGGGCUCAACUUGGUGCGCACAAUUCAAGGAGCACACAGUGCUGGAAUUUUUAGUAUGUAUGCUUGUGAAGAAGGCUUUGCCACUGGAGGGAGAGAUGGCUGCAUUCGGCUGUGGGACACUGAGUUCAAACCAAUUACUAAAAUUGAUCUCAGGGAGACUGAACAGGGAUACAAAGGCCUGUCCAUCCGCAGCGUGUGCUGGAAAGCCGACCGCCUCCUGGCGGGGACACAGGACAGCGAGAUCUUCGAGGUGCUGGUGAGGGAGAGGGACAAGCCCAUGCUGAUCAUGCAGGGCCACUGCGAGGGGGAGCUCUGGGCCCUGGCCGUGCAUCCCAAGAAGCCUCUGGCGGUCACCGGCAGCGACGAUCGCUCCGUGCGGUUGUGGAGCCUUGCUGACCAUGCCUUGAUCGCUCGCUGCAAUAUGGAAGAGGCCGUGCGGAGCGUGUCCUUCAGUCCUGAUGGAUCCCAGCUGGCACUUGGGAUGAAGGACGGCUCCUUCAUUGUCCUCAGAGUAAGGGACAUGACCGAGGUGGUUCACAUCAAGGACCGCAAGGAGGUGAUCCAUGAGAUGAAGUUUUCCCCGGAUGGCUCCUACCUGGCCGUGGGCUCCAACGAUGGGCCCGUGGACAUCUACGCCGUGGCUCAGAGAUACAAAAAAAUUGGGGAGUGCAACAAAUCCUCCAGUUUCAUCACUCACAUUGACUGGUCUGUGGACAGCAAGUUCCUGCAGACCAACGAUGGUGCUGGAGAGAGGCUCUUCUACAAGAUGCCCUCUGGGAAACAUCUAACGAGCAAAGAUGAGAUCAAAGGAAUUCACUGGGCUUCAUGGACCUGUGUGAUAGGAUCUGAAGUGAGUGGAAUUUGGCCAAAGUACACAAACAUCACAGAUGUCAACUCUGUGGAUGGGAAUUACAACAGCUCCGUGCUGGUGACUGGUGAUGACUUUGGCCUGGUGAAAUUAUUCAGAUUUCCGUGCCUAAAGAAAGGAGCUAAAUUCAGGAAAUACGUUGGCCACUCAGCCCAUGUCACCAACGUGCGCUGGUCCCAUGAUUUCCAGUGGGUUUUGAGCACGGGAGGUGCCGAUCACUCCGUUUUUCAGUGGAGGUUUGUUCCAGAAGGGAUAACCAAUGGCAUUCUGGAAGCCUCUCCACAAGCGGAGGGUGGUGUUGAUUCCUACAGUGAGGAAUCAGAUUCAGAUUUAUCUGACGUGCCAGAGUUGGAUUCUGACAUUGAGCAGGAAGCUCAAAUCAACUAUGAUCGCCAGGUUUACAAAGAAGACCUACCUCAGCUGAAACAGCAAAGUAAAGAGAAAAACCAUUCUGUGCCCUUCCUUAAGAGAGAGAGAGCACCUGAGGACAGCUUGAAGCUGCAGUUUAUACAUGGGUACAGGGGCUAUGACUGCAGGAACAACCUGUUCUACACACAGGCAGGGGAGGUGGUUUAUCACAUCGCCGCUGUGGCCGUCGUCUACAACCGGCAGCAGCACUCGCAGCGCCUCUACCUCGGCCACGACGACGACAUCCUCAGCCUCAGCAUCCACCCCAUCAAGGACUAUGUGGCUACUGGGCAGGUUGGAAGAGAUGCUGCUAUCCAUGUUUGGGACACCCAGACCCUGAAAUGUUUGUCGUUGCUCAAAGGCCAGCACCAGAGAGGAGUGUGUGCACUGGAUUUUUCAGCUGAUGGGAAAUGUUUGGCAUCUGUUGGGCUUGAUGAUAACCAUGCCAUUGUGUUCUGGGACUGGAAAAAGGGAGAAAAGCUGGCAACAACCAGGGGCCAUAAAGAUAAAAUAUUUGUAGUGAAGUGUAAUCCACAUCAUGUGGACAGACUAGUCACGGUUGGGAUGAAGCACAUCAAAUUUUGGCAGCAAACAGGUGGAGGCUUCACCUCCAAGCGGGGCACGUUUGGGAGCGUGGGGAAGCUGGAGACCAUGAUGAGCGUCUCGUACGGGCGCGUGGAGGAGCUGGUGUUCUCUGGGGCUGCCACUGGGGAUAUCUACAUCUGGAAGGAGACCCUGCUGCUGAGGACAGUCAAGGCCCAUGAUGGACCUGUGUUUGCCAUGCAUGCGCUGGACAAGGGCUUUGUGACGGGUGGAAAAGAUGGAAUUGUGGCCCUUUGGGAUGAUAUGUUUGAGAGAUGUCUGAAGACAUAUGCUAUUAAAAGAGCUGCACUCUCUGCUAGUUCUAAAGGUUUGCUCUUAGAAGACAACCCCUCCAUCCGAGCCAUCAGCCUGGGACAUGGGCACAUCCUGGUAGGAACUAAAAAUGGAGAAAUACUUGAAAUUGAUAAAAGUGGGCCUAUGACUCUGCUUGUUCAGGGCCACAUGGAAGGAGAAGUGUGGGGCCUGGCAGCUCAUCCUCUCCUGCCCGUGUGCGCCACGGUGAGCGACGACAAAACGCUGCGCAUCUGGGAGCUGUCGGCACAGCACCGCAUGCUGGCAGUGAGGAAGCUGAAAAAAGGCGGGCGCUGCUGUGCCUUUUCUCCGGACGGGAAAGCCCUGGCGGUCGGGCUGAACGACGGCAGCUUCCUGGUGGUGAACGCCGACACUGUGGAGGACAUGGUCUCUUUCCACCACAGGAAGGAGAUGAUCUCGGAUAUAAAGUUUUCACGAGAAUCAGGGAAGUACCUGGCCGUGGCUUCCCACGAUAACUUUGUGGAUAUUUACAACGUCCUUACCAGCAAGAGGGUUGGCAUUUGCAAAGGUGCCUCCAGCUACAUCACCCACAUCGACUGGGACUCCAGAGGAAAGUUAUUGCAAGUCAAUUCUGGUGCCAAAGAACAACUAUUUUUUGAAGCACCAAGAGGGAAAAGACAUAUUAUAAGAAUUGCUGAGAUAGAGAAGAUUGAGUGGGACACCUGGACAUGUGUGCUUGGUCCCACCUGUGAGGGGAUCUGGCCCAUGCACAGCGACGUCACCGUUGUCAACGCGGCCAGUCUCACAAAGGACAGAACCCUCUUGGCCACGGGAGAUGACUUUGGCUUUGUGAAGCUCUUUUCCUACCCAGUGAAGGGCCAGCAUGCCAGGUUCAAGAAGUACGUGGGGCACAGCGCCCAGGUGACCAACGUGCAGUGGCUGCACAACGACUCCGUGCUCCUCACUGUCGGCGGCGCCGACACCGCCCUCAUGAUCUGGACCAGGGAGUUCCUGGGCAUCCAGGAGAGCAAGCUGGUGGACAGUGAAGAAUCAGACACAGAUGCAGAGGAAGAUGGAGGUUAUGACAGUGAUGUUGCAAGAGAAAAAGCAAUUGACUACACCACUAAGAUCUAUGCAGUAAGCAUCCGAGAAAUGGAAGGCACAAAACCCCAUCAGCAGCUGAAGGAGGUUUCAGUGGAGGAGAGGCAGGGAAUUGUCAAGGGAUCAAGGCCACCUGUGAGCAGAGCUGCUCCUCAGCCUGAGAAACUACAAAAGAACAAUGUCAACAAAAAAAAGAAACUGGUUGAGGAGCUGGCUUUAGACCAUGUGUUUGGAUACAGAGGAUUUGACUGUCGCAACAACCUCCACUACCUGAACGAUGGUGCUGACAUUAUUUUCCACACAGCUGCAGCAGGCAUUGUCCAAAACCUCUCCACUGGUAGCCAGAGCUUCUACCUGGAGCACACUGAUGACAUCCUGUGCCUGACAGUGAACCAGCACCCCAAGUACAAGAACGUGGUGGCCACCAGCCAGAUCGGUGACAUGACAGAAUUCCCAGGAACAACCCCCACAAUUCACAUAUGGGAUGCCAUGAGCAAGCAAACCCUUUCCAUGCUGCGCUGCUUCCACACCAAAGGAGUCAAUUACGUGAACUUCAGUGCCACGGGCAAACUUCUGGUGUCAGUGGGAGUCGACCCAGAGCACACCAUCACUGUCUGGAGGUGGCAAGAAGGGGCUAAAGUUGCCAGCAGGGGAGGACACCUGGAGAGGAUCUUCGUUGUGGAGUUCCGCCCGGACUCCGACACCCAGUUCGUGUCCGUGGGGGUCAAACACAUGAAGUUCUGGACCUUGGCUGGCAGCGCUUUGCUCUACAAGAAAGGAGUCAUUGGUUCCAUGGAAGAUGCCAAAAUGCAAACCAUGCUCUCUGUUGCCUUUGGAGCAAAUAACCUCACGUUCACUGGUGCCAUAAAUGGAGAUGUCUACGUGUGGAAGGAUCAUUUCCUGGUCAGGCUGGUGGCCAAGGCUCACACAGGACCGGUGUUCACCAUGUACACGACUCUGCGCGACGGGCUCAUUGUUACUGGAGGGAAGGAGAGGCCCACGAAGGAGGGGGGAGCAGUGAAGCUGUGGGACCAGGAGAUGAAGCGGUGCCGAGCCUUCCAGCUGGAGACCGGGCAGCUCAUCGAGUGCGUGCGCUCCGUGUGCCGGGGCAAGGGGAAAAUCUUAGUGGGGACAAAAGAUGGAGAAAUCCUUGAAGUAGGAGAAAAAAACGCUGCUUCAAACUUGUUAAUUGACUGUCACAUGGAAGGGGAAAUCUGGGGCUUGGCAACUCACCCCUCCAAAGACAUCUUUAUCUCUGCAAGCAACGACGGAACAGCCAGGAUCUGGGACCUGUCGGACAAACUCUGGAUGUGCUGGGGAGGUGUGAGCCUGUUGCGUGUGUCCCCGCAGAAGCUGGUGAACAAGGUGAGCCUGGGGCACCCCGCGCGCUGCGCCGCCUACAGCCCUGACGGAGAGAUGGUGGCCAUCGGCAUGAGGAACGGGGAGUUCGUUCUCCUGCUGGUCAACAGCCUCAAGGUCUGGGGCAAGAAGCGGGACAGGAAGUCUGCAAUUCAGGACAUCAGGAUCAGCCCAGAUAACAGGUUUUUGGCAGUGGGCUCACAAGAACAUACUGUGGAUUUUUAUGAUCUCACUCAAGGCACAACCCUAAACCGAAUUGGCUACUGCAAGGACAUUGCCAGUUUUGUCAUUCAGAUGGACUUCUCUGCAGACAGCAGGUACAUCCAGGUAUCCACAGGUGCCUACAAGCGUCAAGUUCAUGAGGUGCCACUGGGAAAGCAAAUCACAGACCCUGCAGUCAUAGAGAAAAUCACCUGGGCCACAUGGACCAGCAUUCUUGGAGAUGAAGUCAUUGGGAUCUGGCCACGAAAUGCAGAUAAAGCUGAUGUCAACUGCGCCUGUGUGACCCACGCUGGCCUGAACAUAGUGACAGGAGAUGACUUUGGGCUGGUCAAGCUGUUUGACUUCCCAUGCACUGAGAAAUUUGCCAAACACAAGCGGUACUUUGGGCACUCGGCGCACGUCACCAACAUCCGCUUCUCGCACGACGACAGGUUCGUGGUGAGCACCGGAGGGGACGACUGCAGUGUGUUCGUGUGGCGCUGCCUCUGAGGAGCCUCUGGCUGCUGCUGUCCUGCCCCAGUGAGGGCUGCGCUGGCCGGGACAGCUGGGAAUGCCCCUCUGGCUGCAGGAAUCCCAGCCCUGCUGCAGCCUGACAUUUCCAGAUCACUCAUCCCAGCUUACCAAAAGGGAAUAGGAGCUGGCCUUGGAAAGCCCGACGCCCUUGCGAA